AUGAGUUAUCCAUCGAUAGGUGUUCUCAAAACAUCUUCUUAUUCAAAAUUUAAUAGUAAUAUACGAAUUUUAUGUUCUGCAUGUUUAUGCUAUCGUUCACCUGAAUUAUUUUCUACUAAUUAUUGUUGUUCAUCAUUAAAAAGACAUGCUAGACGUCAAGUGUGUGAUUCAUGUGUUCAUCAACAUAUUCUAUCAAAACUUUAUUCAUGUUUAACUAGUUGUAUAACAUGUCCAGAAUUGAAUUGUUCUCUUUAUUUAUCUCAGUCAGUUAUAUGUGAUAUUCUUUUAAAAUAUGAAAGUAAUGAAUUAUUAAAUGAUUAUUUAUGCGAACAACAAUGGCAUGGGAAAAGUGAUGAAUGGAUAAAAAGAUAUACUACAUGUUGUCCUGGAUGUUAUGUGCCUAUUGAAAAAAAUGGAGGUUGUGAUGAAAUGAUUUGUAUUCGAUGUCAAACACAUUUUUAUUGGUCUAAAGCUAAAAGAAAUUUUCCAGAAAAUAAAAAACAACGACAGAAGUCUUUUUCUGUUAUUCCAUUUAUUGAUGUUAUUAUAUUCGGUAUUUUUCUUCUUUUUCUUAUCUUAGCAACUGUUAUCUAUUAUAAAUAA